CGGCUGGUGUAUUCUUUCCUUUACUUAAAUUCGGGUUGAGGCCUGAAUUGGCUAGUCUGGCGAUGAUGGCUAGUAGCGUUAGCGUGGUGUUGAGUAGUUUGCACUUGAAAAAUUUUAAAGAACCAAAAUAUCUAUCCACGAAAAUGACUGCUCCUUCCAAAUAA